AUGGAUGAUGAACCUAAAAAGAUCAAGAAUGAUUCCAAAAAGAAAUCGCCUGGACUCGGAGUCCAAAGAACAUUACUACCUCAAGAAAAGAUUCUCAGUGUGCAAAUACAAGUGCGGCGUUUGAGAGAAAACCCAGAAAGUUUCCCUCAAGAAUGCAAUAUUUGUUCUAGGAUCUCUAACUUCAUGUAUGCCGGCGGUCGAACGGGACCAAUUUCAUUCUCGCAAACUUCAGUCAGAGGUCCUGUUGGCAUUAAAGAAGAGCAAGGGCUGGCUGGACUACAAGUUUCAGAUAUCAAGCAGAACCCUGUUGGACCUAUUUUGGUGGCAGAAGGAAAAUUGGAGUCCCAUUUGGGUCCAAAUGGAAGAAUCUGCUACAUAACAUCAGAAAUGUUCUACGUAGAAAUUCAAGUGGCGAGAAAUGGACAUGUAACAUUUGUCAAGCUGGCCCACCAUGGUGAAUCCCCAACGAUUUGCAAGGAAUUACUUAUGCUUCUCAGAUCGAAGGACUUCGAUGGUUUUGGCAAAAGUUUGGAAGGACUUUUACAUCUGUACAGUAUUCCAGGCAACAGUGAUAUCAAAGCUAAAGUGUAUAUUGCUUUGCGUAGUCUAGAAGAGGAUGUAAGUGCAAUGUUCAAUCUCAACAGUACCAAUGACAUUGACAGGAUAAUCACAAUCCUACAUGGGAAAGUAGGCUUCCUGUCUCCCAGAAGUGGGGGAAUGCCAAUGAAUAUUGAGUACUAUAUUUCACCAUAUCAGAUUCUGGAAGAAAAACUAAAACCAGGCAUUCGUGUGGUUGGAUCAAAUGUAUCGGUCACAGUUGCAGGCACAACUAACUGGUACCAUCUUCCAGUGGUCCCAUUAUUCAAUGAGAUUCCCCAGGAAGGUGGAAGCGUUCAUGGGUUUUCCUCCCUCACUGAUGAAUCCAGUAUGGCGCUGCCAGCAUGCUUCUUUCUUAGAUUUGAUAAUCCGGAGCCUGUUCUGCUCUCAUUAAUUCAGAAGAUCCAGACCAUAACUGGCCUUCCUGUUAUUUCCACAAAACAAAGCCCAUUGCAUGAGCUGGUCAUAGAAAUGAAGCAUAAAUGCCUUAAAGAUUUUGUUGGUCAAGAGGUCCAGUUUGUUGUGUCUCUCUCAGGCUGUAAGGAUCACUGUUACGUGAUGAACAGCAGAAUGGAUAAUGAACAUACUGUGAUGGGAGCAUUGGUGAGCAAAAUACCUUUUAUUCACCCGAGUCAUAUCCCAUCAAUUCUGGAAAUUUUACGACACCAAACCGCCUACAAUACUCUGCUUAACAGCUGUAUAUCCGGCACAAUAAACCCUAAAGAUCAUACAAAUAUGCUACACUUUGAGGUCUCCUUGCAAAGGGACUUUAGGAUCUGCACAUCCUUCCAACAUCCCAAUGGUGGCAGUCUGUCAUGUGUUGUUGUCGACGUCAUGAGCUAUGGGAAUAUAAUUUGCAGUCUCUACACUAGCUCAUCAGACCCACCAUCACCCUGCAGCAAUGAAUUCAUCAUGAAAGUUUUGGAAAGUUGUAUGUCUAUUCCCCUAAUAAUGAGAACCAUCUUUAAGAAGGCACAGCAAGUGGUAGUUUCUGAGGAUAUGAAGAUGCAUCAUACAAAUGGUAACAAUGUUUUGCCCCCACUCUAUUCGGGAGAAUACCAAAAAGAAACAGUGACUGAACCACAACAUAAUAUGCCACAAGACAUGCAGUCAAACUUUGAGAAGAAUAAUGAUGUCUAUGACCAUAAUGACGAUAUGUUUCUUGAUGAUGAUAAUGGUGGUGAACAUUCAGUUGAUCUGCAUGAACCUAAUCCUUGUCCAACUCAAGAACCAAACUCCGGCUACACAGAACACCCCUAUUUUCACCCUGUAGAAAUCAAUUCUAGUGUUGCUGAGGGAUCUUAUUCUAUUACUGCUGAGGCGCAAAGCUCCCGCAUUGUACAGGAACUCAGCCCUAUUAUGGCCGAAGUCCCAAGUCCCAACGUAGCCGAGGAUCAAAGUUCCAGUGUUGCAGGAGAACUUGGCUCAAGUAUUACAGAAGAACUCAGCUUGAGUGUUUCAGGACUGGCAAUGUCACGAUCCAUGCUGGAGAAUGAAAUGGAUGAAUGAAUGUUGUUCA